AUUACAUGGUGCAUCGUAGUGAUCGACAUCCUUCACGCUACGUGGCGCGAUAUGGGGGCCAGGGAGUCACUCCCGGUUCCAACGGCCGGACCUAACCCAUGGUUAAACUAACCCACUCUUCUGGUUACUUCAACCACACCAUUACCACAUAUUUACGAUCUUGCCCUUCUUCUCUUAGCCUUCAACUUUGUAUAAAUCUAGCGGCGGAGGAGAGCUAGGUUUGCCCAAAUAGACACUCGAAGCCUCUCUUUCUCUCUCUAAAACUCUCUUUUCUCAAGCUUUCUCUCUCUAGAAACCCUAAUGGCGACCACGUCCUCGAGAAGCCGCUCCAGAGGUCCCGUCUUCCCGGUGUCCAGCGCCUUCCAGCGAUCCAUCUCCCCGUCUGGCCGUUUCUCGUCGCCGUCCUCGUCCGGUGCCAUCGUCUCCGCCUUCGCUUCCUCCUCGGCUUCAUUCUCCUCCCAAACCCCCUCGUUUUUCCACCGAUCGUCGUCCCCCACCCGGGUGAAUCUCGUCGGCGCCACACACAUGGCUCCUUCCGUCCGCUUCGCUACCUCCCCGACUCGCCGCCACCUCACCGUCGAUCACCAGGUUGUUAAGAAACCGAUCUCGAACACCGGAUCCACCGCCCGCCGGACCUGUUUGUGCUCCCCUACGACCCAUCCUGGCUCGUUCCGGUGCAGCAUCCACAAGGGCUUUCAACUCCACCACUCUCAGCAGUCAGUCUCGCACGCCUUCUCCUCCCCUUCGAACCGCCUGAACGCCCGUCGAUCGGCGAUGACGAACUCUCUUGUCCGAAUCGGGACAGUGGAGGGCGAUUGGGUGAAGCGCGCUCUCGCCGCCCUGAUCCGCCCUUCAUCCCACCAACAGCGCCGCCGUGCCGCUUUCCAGCCCCGGCCCAGCCGCCUCUCCAUCAUGACCACCGCUUCCGACGAGUCCUAAUCCCAAGAUCACUGAUCUUCGUGCACAGAUCUCGAGGCAGGUUCGUUAAAUCACCAAAAAAAAAAAAUUACAUAAAUUUUCAGAUGGAAUCCGGUGAUUGAGACGAAGGUGAUGACAACGCGUCCAGAGCCCCCGAAAGAAACAGAGAAAAUAGAUUUACUAAAAUUUAUUAUUUUUAAUUUUAAUUUCCCAAGCGUCGGAGGGGAUCGCAACCGUCCGUUUGUACAUAUGUUUUCUUGGCAGCCGUUGAUGGCUGGUUAUCGAUAGCAGUAUGAUCAGCAUCAUCAUCGUCAUCAUCCUCACAAGUGGAUCAUAUAUAAACACUGAUUAAUGAUGAAUAUUAUCACUAAUUAAAAGCGGAUUAAUGAAAUCAUUAAAA